AUGAACUAUAGCGAGGGAAGGGGUUUCCGUCGGCCGAAUAAGCGAGAGGCACCGAGUUCCAGAGCUUUUGUAAAUUCCUUGCUCCAGGACAUCCAGCGUUUGGAGAAUCGGCUGAGAGAGUCCGGCCGGGAGCCGCCAGAGCCACAGAAUCCCCUAUUGAAGGAGCGACCGCAACAGAUUGAGCGAAAUUGCUGGGAUGCAGACAGAUCCCAGUCAAACAGGUCAGUAAGCGAGAAAGGCGCGAAUCUAGACGUGCAAGACGGUACAAGGCGGAGAAACAACUCAGGGCUGCCUGCAUUCGGCCUCGGACAGAACGCACUUCCUAGUCAUGGGAAUACAAACAUCAUAGACGAUCAGGUCCGAUCGCCCAUCAGCAACGUCAUCUCUUCUACGCAUACACGUACGGAGCUUCCGGUAACACACGACACCAGGACAGAGUCGAGUUCUCUGUCAUUGGAAGCGCGCAGACGAGCACUGGCAUUACGACAUUCUCUGUUCAGUCCGUAUCAGAUCGUGUUUGACAGAUCCAGCGGCAGAACGCAAUACUUCUGCCCGAGCAAUUGUUUCAAGCGUUAUUUCAGCGAGCAGAUUCGACCACGUCCGGGAGUUCUCCAAAGCCAGCGGCUAGAGAAGCACGCCUACCGCAUCCUGGGAGACGUCCCUGCACAAAUUCAAGACUAUUUGAUGGGGCUUUUCUGGCGUUGCUACAAUGAGACAUUUCACAUCAUAGACCGGGAUUCAUUUUACAGAGAUCUUGAUAUCGGUGCAUCAGCGUCUUACUCUGGCUUUCUACACAUCUCGUGCUUGGCUAUGGGGUACUUGUUCGCGGACAAGAAGAAACCAGGAAUGCGGGAUAUCACGGUUUCCGACAAUCUCAGCGUUUUCCACCAGGAGGUCAAAUACAUACUCGACGGAGAACUAGAGGAGCCUCAGGGUCUCACAACAAUUCAGACAAUGCUGGUGCUCAGCGAUCUUCAGUGUGCCCUUGGUAUGGAUGAUGUCGGUGGAUUAUAUGCAGCAGGGAUAGCGUGUCGUCUUGCUUUUGACUAUGGCCUUAAUCUGGAGCACUCGCAGUUGGGAUUAUCGCAGGCAGAAAUACAGUCACGCAGAAGACUGCUUCGUUCCUGCAUCCUUUACGACAGAGGGUGGUCAUUGUACCUGGGCAGGCCAACAAGUAUAAAAAACUCAGAUCUCGAUAUCUCUCAACUUACAGACAUGUUUUCGCGACUGGGCGGAUUAAGCGAGUUGGGCAGAGUUCAAAAACCAGCCUCCUCGGCCAUUGAUGAAACUGAAAACAUGGUCUACAAUGCCAUGCUUGAACUCUUAGAGAUGGCCAGCAAAGUCCAAGAGAAAACACACUCGGAUAUUCCUCCUGGGUCGGAUUCCCACGGAAACUUAUUGGUCGAGAUUGCUGCUCUGGGGAAUAAGUUGAACUCCUGGUCUGCGAGACUUCCUCAGGAGAUCCGUUGGAGCCCGGAAAAUGCUGAAAAGGCAGCAUCUCUAUACUUUAUAAUGCACCAACAAUUCCACACAACCCAGGCCUUAUUGCAUGGGCCUUACGGACAAUAUGGGGAGGCGCUUCAAGGUCAGUAUAGUGCCUCUGGGGCGAAGCCUGUUGAGGAGUCGAAUGACGCAUACUCUUUUGUCCCCUUGGCUCGAUCGAUUGCUUUCAAACAUGCCUCGAAGGUUGCGGCGAUUUUCGCAUAUCAUCGGAGGAGGUUCGGCCAGAGCCAAUUCGGGCUGUUCUCACUCACACAUGCUGCUACAGCAAGUCUUGUUCUGAUUGCAAAUGCAUCACUCGAUGAGAAUGCAAAGGAGCGGCUCUCCACGUUGCAGCGAAUCCGGGCAUUGCUCGAAGAAUUGAAAGAGAUGUCUCUGGUCUACCAACCAGCAAGAAUGAUGACUGCCGUGAUAGAGCACUACAUGCAGAACACGGGCGUGGAUUUCGACAGUCUCCCAAUCUUGGAUUCGAGUUUGUCACCGUUCUCCGACUCGAGCAGCGUAUCAGCUAGACGGCCUGGUGAGCAUGAUCCGGAUGACAACCAUCAGUUCAACAAAAAGAGACAAACCUCGAAUGAUUCCGCCUCUGUCCAUGCUAUGGCUGCACCUCAACAACAAAGCAGAUCCGAUGCGUUCGUUUCGCGCAUACGAAACGGAGCUGAAGAUGAGGACUUCGAAGCCCUUGGUGAUCAUAUUGCUAAAACUAACGUCCAUCAUGCCAACGAAGAUGGCUGGAAUCCAUUGGAAUCAACAUCGUCGCUUCAAGACUUGGAUAACCCGACAGACAGCCUUUUGUGGACAGAAGCUUCUAUCGACCCGCUGCCAUCUAGCAACGCGGUUGGUAACGUGCAGAGCUGCGCAAGGUUCUCGCCUUCAUUCUUUUUCUGUGGAGACGCCAGUAACAGUCCACGAACCCAAGUACUCGAAAACGACUUUGGUGAUGUUUUCCUCGGUUAUCAAGGAGAAGGAUUUGGAAACGCCAUCUGA